AUGUCCUCGCUCCCGGAAUCUGUCAGAAACCGGAGCAAUUCUGGAGACGAUGCCGAGUUGCCCACCCAUGACAGGAAGCGCCCAAGGCUGAGCGAGAGCGGUGACAAAGACAGCUUGCUCCCAAAUCUGAGCAUUUCCGCACCGCAGCAAACAAUUGAAAGUCCUACUCCUUCUCCGACUGAGCCUGCAUCUUCCGAAACUCUGCAUAAGCCUACUCUUCCGCCCAGACCCUCUGACACCAUGGCUACGCCAUCGCCCACCAGCAAAGUUACAAUCAACACUCGACCGUUGUCAUCACAAUCAAUGAACACUGCAGACGAUCUUCCACCGACCGAAGAAAUCAUAGAUCCUGCCCUCAUCGUCAACGGUACCGUCGAUACCGUUCCUGUUGACCAUGUCGACCCCACAGCCAGCGAAGCGACUACCAUCGAACGGUCUCCCUCGCCGCCAAUUGAGGUCGCUGAACCGGAGGACUUCGACCAAGAUCCAGCUCAGACGCGAUGGACAACCCGUAUUGGGGGUGGGGUGCCGGUCGUACCAGCCUUUUGGGUCUACCGGACAUUCCCCCUUGCCACUGGCUUUCGCCCAGGCGAAUCAAGAUUUGCAGUCUCAGCGAUCGCUCAGAUAUUCGCAGACCCCUCGAAGGAAGAUGUCGAUACCUUCAGAAGAGUCAAAGAAUGGUUUGUAAACCUGGCAGCCGAUUGCGAAGCGAUGACCCGCGAGAUCGUCGACCAAGACCCGUUUUUCUGGAAAAAGCUGCCCAUCGUUUUGGAUAAUCUCUGGCGCCGUGACCAGCGAGGUCCAUCUUCGAUUCAGUUCCAAGAUAUGGUCGACUUCUUCGUUGCUUACGGCCAGAUCUGCAAAUUGAUAUUCGAGUACGACACAAGACAGCUCUCAUCGCUGCAGGAUAAUGCACCUUCUUCAGAUUUCUAUACUCUCAGUGGCUCUUAUCUGCUACCUUUCAACACCAUCGUGAGCAGGCUGUCUGACACGUCUCCGAAUCACCAGGUACUAUUCUUUGAUAGUCUCAGACGACGCCACCAGCUCGAUGUGAUGGCCUUGGUCAGACCCAUCGCCGAACGCGUUGCCAGUCCUCUGCUCAACGCCAUGAACGCAUACACUAAGGCCCUUGGAGAGACUCUACCGAAAGCCCCUGCUUUACAUAAAGACCUCAUCCAGGUCACGACUGCUCUGACACUGGCUACCCAGCUCUUUUGUCCUGUGUUCAAAAGCUCACCCGAAUAUUGCGCGAUUGAUCAGAGCCAUCCGCUUUUGGAAGACAUCAGGGAAAGUGUUGAAGCCUCCGUCACAACUGUCGACAACAUCGUACAGCAAGGAAUCAAGAAGCAACAGGCUUGGUUCAGUUUCGAGAACAAUGCACUGAUGUUAUUCCAACGCUUGGAGCAGAUCAUGUCCCAUCUGCCAGUGGAAAUUCCCAGAAUGGGGAAGUCCAUUGUCCAUGCAGCCGGUGUCACAUGGGAUGACGCAGAUGUCACAGACCUGGCGCAUAUAAUGCCGUACGCGUGGAAGUUCAUGAUCUACUGGAAAUUCAUCAAGCACGGUCGAAUGGAACUACGAGUGCAUGGACUCGGGUUUUUGAGUCAGGAUCUCAUCUCUAUCUUCAACUUGAGGUUGCGGGGUGUGCCCAACGGGGCGCAAGAUCCCCUCGUCAGAUUCGCCCUACGCUCUCUUCGCGAAAACAACGUCAUAAGCUAUCUCAUAGGACCCGACUCGCACCCGCAACUCAUUGGCCGCGCAGGAAACAUCAUCGGCUUCUUCGGAGUAUCUGGAUCGUACCAGAAUUCGGACACCGACACGAUCUGGCAAGCAAUCCUCGGAAGCCCAGACAACCGCGUUGCCGCGGAGCUUUUCAAUAUGUUGAGAGAAGCGAUCACGACAUUCACCGCCGCGCAUCUGUACUACCUCUGUCAGAAGCUAUCAGAGCUACCGUACAGCCGCUGGAAUGUCCAAGUUCUUGAAUUCACGGAAUUUGUGCUCAGCUCCCUCAAUACGACUCUCCAGGCCCCCAGUCCGUUCUGGUUCUCACCUCCUGUCGAGCCGGUUGUCCGCAGACUCUGUCUCAAAAUGAUCCGAGACGCGAUGCGGCCCAAGACAUGUGAUUUGGAGUUAUCGGAGAAGAUACGCACGACCUUUCUCAACCAGUUGAUUGGAUACUUUCGCGGCAUUGCGGACGACUUUACGCGACUCGCCAUUGAAGAAGAUGAGGAAGAUGAAAUGCUCUCACAGAUCCGCACGGACAUUGAGUCACAUGACGACGCUGCUUGUGGCUCAAUUCUUGCCAUCACGCACAUUCUUCAGAACGGUCACUUGAAUCAUACAGGAACAGUCGCUUUUAUUGAAAAGUGUGGGCUGCCACGCGGCCUUGUGGAUGACCUCGCCCACAUCAGCAUCUCGAGUGCAAAUCGCCAAGAGCUAUCGUCGCAGCAGAUCUUGACGCAGUUUGACUACCGACUGAACUGCCUUUCAUUGUUGAUGCGCACUGUCCCAGAGCAAUUCGAUUUGGAAUGCCUCGAGAGUCUGUGGAGUUCCCUCCUCGUUUCUUCUUCCAUCGAGCAACAGGCGCGUGUUCACGCUUGGGAUCAUCUCCACUUCCUUGUCAAGGCUAUCAACCAGAAGCGCAAUCCGGUUGUGGACCAAAUUCUUCAACACUUCUGGCCUCGGUUGCGUUCAAUUGACAUCAAUAAUGCUGUUCUAGAAUUUGCCAAAUCAAGUGUGUUAUACGACUGCCAUUUUGGAGAGCAGUCCGAAGAUGCUGAAUCUGAGAUUGUCCAAAUCCCAGGUCUCGACCGUGUCAAGCAGAUUAUGCUUGACGCUGAGCCAGGGACGGUCGAGGGACCUGCCACCGAGUUCAUAAUUGCACAGUAUCUCCGCAGCCCAAUUCUAGCGCGACGGCCAAAGUCAGUGGUACAUGCCACGCACUUGAACCUAAUCGAUCAUUGGGUCGGUGCUGUCCUAGGAUCAGCUGCGCAACUAAAGUCUUUCUCUGAAGGCGAAGAUGCCAUGCAGAUCAUUGCGUCCGAGGACGGAAUUCGCAGAGAAGAGCGACAUUUCGAUCGGUCUCUACUGUUUCUACGUCGCUUCACCGAAGCUAUCAAAGGCAAUCCUGGCUGCAGUCCAAUCUCUCCGAAGCAAGAAGAGGCCUUCCCGGAAUUCCCAAGCCCCAGAGGGCCAGCACGCGAUAUCAUUGUUGAGAUAGGCAGCAAUAAGUACGUUGUCAUGGGUGAGAGAAAAGUCUCCAUUGGAAGUGAGAACACAGGAUCCGAGCUUUGGCAUUAUCUCGCCACUGUCACCGGCUUCAGCAGUUUCAAGGUUUUCCAUGGCGGACAGCUCAUCGCUCUUCAGGAAGAAUUGAAAACCAUUGAGAAGCUCAACAUCACUGCGAAAGUCCAGGUGCAGAAGACUGCAGACGCCACCCAGACAAUGCCUCAGAAGCGGUUACGAUCAAGCUCACCAGUGGACGAGAAAAUCAUGCUACAUUUUGACGACCUCUACGGGCUUCUUGAGGCUGACGACCGCCUUGCAAAAGAGGUGUAUACUUUUCUCACAAUCACCUCUGUUCGCAAGGAGGUGUCGCAAAAGAUUCGAGAUAUGGAAGCACCAGCUUCCGAUGUGCUACCCUGUGAGAAGCCAUACAAAUUGCUUUUCUGUACCCACGCCUUGCGCGCCUGUAUCGAAGAAGAGUCCUUCUCAGCAAGUCCAGACUUGGCAUUCGUCUCUUAUGCAGUCCAAGCCAUUGUUGUGGCUUUGCACAAACUCGAUAGGACCAGCUUCGACUCUCCUUUGCAGCUGUCUGCGGCAUACGAAGCCAUUGACACUCUGCUCCUGGCAUUUCGAACUAAGGUGCCACCUGCCACCGGAAAGUUGUACAUCGCCAAUCAUGAAGAUUUCGUUGACCAUGUUGUCCGCUACACAUCCUCGGUGAAAGUUGCAGGAGGGCAGACAAUCCUACCUCAGAAUCCUGAGAAGCCGAUUCGUGCAGGUAUCGAGGCUCUCGUCGAAGCCAGUCUCCAUGAUGAUCGCAUCUGGCAGCACCUGAAUGGCAAUAAAGACUUCAUCGAUGUCUUUCAACAAGCACUCAUUGGAGAUGUCAAUGAGAAGGUGCGACAAGCUGUUGUGGAUGUUUUCAUGGGCUUGACGGGGCAAGCUGGUUUCAAAAAUGUGCCAAAAGCAAACGAUCCCAGAGCUGCUCGUUCAAGACACGACUCGGCUACAAUCGAAGCGGCUUCGAUUCAUAUCUGGAACAUUCUCCUGGGAUUACUUCCUGUUGCGGCUGCGUUCAGUUCCCAAUGUCAAGAGUACUUCGACGCCACCCUGGGUGUGCUAAGGAGAAUGGGCAAAGUGAUUGAAGUACAAGCGCUCGCAGGCAUUUUCCCGCAAUGGACAACAACCUUGCUCGCGCACGAUCACACAGAGAUCGUUGGGCAGCCUCUCGCAGACCGAUUUGUUGCUGGUAUGAUCCCAAUGUUGCAAGAAAUUGCGCGUUUGUUACGCAGCCAACAGUGUCUUCCUGCUCAGAGCGAACUAAUGAGAGAGCUAAUCGGGCGGUUUCUUCGUCCGCCGCUGUCAGAUGUCAGUGGAAUGGCUUGUCGCUUGCCCGUGCUCGACAUGACUGUGCGCGAGUGCCUAUACAGUCUGCUAUUGACCCUUUGCCAAGAGCCGGAGGAUGCCGAACUCCUGGUCACUGAAUUCGGCGAAGACUUUGAUGUCAGUGAUCAACUUCCGGCGGCUGCCAGCAACGAAAGACUCGCUCUUCGAAGCGAAGUUGGGUAUUCGGGGCUUCGAAACCUGUCCAAUACCUGCUACCUCAACUCUCUCCUCUCGCAGCUAUUCAUGAAUGUCCAGUUCCGCGAUCUUAUUCUCCAGAAUGGCGCGAAUGCUCGCAAUCAGAAAUUGGUGUGGGAGUUGUCGAAGGUAUUCGCAUACAUGCAAAACUCUCACGACAAAUCGAUUGACCCGUCAGCUGCAGUUGAGUCCAUUACGACCUGGGACGGUGAACAGAUCGAUGUCACUGUGCAGAUGGACGUGGAUGAGUUCUUCAACCUCCUGUUCGAUAGAUUGGAGAGCGAGACCGUGGAUCCUUCCGUCCGAGCUCAAUUAAAGAGCUUCUACGGUGGAGAAACAAUUCAGCAAAUCAAAUCUAAGGAGUGUGAGCACAUCUCUGAACGGCCGGAGACGUUUUCAGUGCUACCGGUCGAGAUCAAGGGCAAAGCUUCCCUCCAGGAAAGUUUGAAAGCUUAUGUCGAAGGUGAGGUGCUCCAAGGAGACAAUAAGUACUCUUGUACGUCCUGCGCCAAACACGUCGAUGCCGUCAAGCGGUCGUGCCUCAAGCAGAUUCCCGACAAUCUCAUACUCAACCUCAAGCGAUUCGACUUCGAUCUGGUGACAUGCAUGAGAGCCAAGCUGAACGACCAAUUCGAAUUUCCCGAGACCAUCGAUAUGGCCCCUUACAAGCUAGACAAUCUAAGCGGCGACAACGACACCCCGACGCCGGAUGUCUUUGAACUCACUGGCAUUAUCGUGCACUCCGGAACUGCCGAUUCCGGCCAUUACUAUUCAUACAUCCGUCAACGUCCGUCCGCUGAUGAACCCAGAGGGUCGUGGGUGCAAUUCAACGAUUCAGACGUCACGGUUUUUGACUCUAGCACUAUCGGAGACUACUGUUUCGGCGGCAUUGAUGCCUCUAUCUACGGCAUGGCAAAGUUCUACAAUGCGUACAUGCUCUUUUACCAGCGCCGUUCAAGCAUCGUGGAGACCGAGAUGCACUAUCCGAAGGUUCAACGCGGUCAGCCUCUACAGCUCAGCAUCUCUCAUGAUCUCCAAGAGCACAUUGAUCAAGAAAACGAAUUGUUCCUACGUGCUUAUUGCAUGCAAGAUCCUGUUCAUGCUCGGUUCAUCCGCGAUCUACUUCGUCGCGUCAACGAGCUUGGCUCGGGACAAUGCAGCGAGGAUCACAACCCUGAAAAGGCUGCUUUGGGUAUGGCACUUGAUUACAUGCACAAAGUGUCUUCGCGUUGGAAACUACUGCCGGAGUUGGAGGUGACUGCUAACAUUGUCAAGUCGUUCAUGCAGCGCUGCACCACCUGUGCGUGGACCUGCAUGAGUUGGUUUGCGCGAUACCCCAACGUGCUGAUGGAUUCAACUAUCCGCAGCAUGUACCCGUUAGCCAGAAAGACGUUCGCUUCAAUGCUACUCACUUGUCUGCAAGCCCUCCAACAAGACAUUGAUCAGGAAGGGGCAGUGACGUCGACCAGCGUCAGCUACUACCGUUUCCUUGACAUCAUCGUCGAGAAUCUCUUCCGAGCUUUCCAACUCGUGACGCGCACGCCGCGCGCCUGGGUUGAUUACUUUAAUCUCGUCAUCGGCAUCUCGAACAUCAGUCCAGGGGCCAGCAGGAGCGUCAUCGAGACAGGCUUCAUUGAGCGGUGUUUCGAAAUGGUCCAUUUGCACACUCUCGACGCCCCGGACAGUCGCUUUGAUCGAGCUGUACGAGCUUAUUAUGCGGGGUAUGUAAACAUGCGGGAGAAGCACCGACAGUUCAAUCACUCAGCUCUCGUGCAAUGCUUUGCUCACCUGCUCUGCGAGGCCAACCUUGAACUGGAGCCUGAUGCUCAUCAACGUCAGAUGAACACCGAUGGAAUUGGAUUAUCUGCGUCUGAGCAAGAAAAGAUGGGUCUUGCAUACAACCCAAUGGCUGUUAGUUGGCUUCAGCGGUUAAUCAAAGGUCGACAAGCUGUUGAUGGUGCAGCGCAAAUUGUGGGCAAAUUCGCCAGCGAACCCCAAUUCGCCGAUGACAUGGCUCGAGUACUGAGAAAGGGACUUGGGCACCGCGAUAUGCAAAUUGCAGCGGGGUAUGUCGAGCCAACCCUUGCAUUCUGCCAGAAUUGCCAUGAUGAGUCAAUGGCCGAGGAUAUGGCAAGGUUCUCUCUGGAGAGUGUAGACUCAAUCACGGUCGACUAUGCUCCGGAAUACCUCCGACUGGUACGGGGACUCUUGAGAAUCGAUAACCAACAUCCCGAUGUGGCUAAGUCCGAGGGAUGGCUUCAGCCCAUUGUGCAAGAGACAGCUUCAAAAUGGCCGGCUUCUCUGAUCCUGGGCCUCAAUGAGACAGGAUGUAAUGUGCGAGCCGAAGCGGCAGAGCUUGUGAAUGCACAGCUCUUCGCGGCGUUGGAUGAGGCAAAGGAGACGGAUCCUCAGCGGUACCAUCAAUUGCGGAACAUCGUGAGAGAACUGGCAUUGAACAUUGCUAAAUGCGGGCGGACCAAUUUUCUGAACGUCAGUCCCCGAGAGAAUCAGUCAAUGCAGCUAGAUCAUUUCAACGAGGCCAUGUUGGUUGCCGACCAAUGCGUGAGGGCGGCAUUCUCGGAUGCUUCGACUGCCGAAGACGAACGGGACCUUGCCGAAAUCGAGGAGACAAUGAAUCAACUACGAUCCAAGAGAGAGUCCAUCGUUGAGCUCGUCAGUCCGGGCGACUUCGAGGGAAGUAGUGACAUGGAGGGACUAAGCGAAGUGGAGGGAGACGAGUUUCACAGCAGCCCAACUUGA